CAGCGGCCAGACAGCAGGCCUGGACUCUCUAUCAAAGUCAGCUGCUUCGAAGCGUAAAGAAGAGGAACUGCGAAGGAUUCUGGCCACCUCUAUCCCGUCGAAGCCCACAACUUCUAGUAAAACUUCUUCUGCGCCAGCACCAGCUGGUCAAGCGCCGUCGGGACGAGAGCUACAGCUAGCACCCGAGGUGUCCCCGAGGACGAAGGUGAAAACAAGUUCUCAUAGCCGCCCUAUUGCAGCGUCUUCUGUCGAAAUGAAAAAUCUCGGAGAACUAAGAUUGCCCACCUCUGGAGAAUAUCAAGAAGAUGCAACGGAAACAAGAACAUUAAGCGAACUGAGCACAGGCGUCCCUGUUUCGAGCAAGACCUCUCGGAGCUCGUCCGAAGCGAGUACUAGGUUGCCAUCGCCGCUGACGCAGUCGCCGGCCCCCGGAACUGCAUCGGCUGCGUCGAGAGAGGAAACUGGUGCUAGAGCAAAAGCAAUCCCAGGAGCUGCAGGGGGCGGGUCCCGUAAUAUUGUGUGGGCAGCGACCUCAAGACAUGGGAUGCGAAGUCCUUUUCCCUCCCCAUCCCUUCGUCGGGCCAUUAUUUCGUCGUCUAGAAGCACCAAGCGUGAAAAUGUGGCAGGGCCUCUGACGUCCACAGCGCUUCUAAACGUUGAGCAGGACCUUGCUUUAUCGCGGCCACCUCCGGAUAAUAAAGUAGACAGCAAAAAUACCCAGCGGCUCUCAACCAACGCGAAGAAGAUGUGGAUCUUCUUCAAUGACAAGGACCACAGCCUGGCACAGCACAGCAGCAGCAACGGAAAUAACGGCAAAGCAGCAGCACUUCUGAAGAACAGCAGGACUUCUACCGCCGCGUCCACCGCAAGAAGUUCUAGGUUGAACUACAACAAUAAACUUCAGGACUUGCAGUUGGAUGAUGUUGAUGCUUCUGAGAGCGCAUCGGACAAUGAGAAUGACGAAGUACCUGAACAAGACCAAAACGGGCUGUACUUUGCCGAUCUUGUCGAUUACUCAAAAGUGAUCGGAUCGUCCUUAUCUUCCUCUUUUCCCUACUACACAACGCUCUCAGCCACUCCCGGCGCGGAGAAGGAGAGCGAGGACCGAAGGCUGAGUUCCUCCCGAAAUGGGCCAACACUUGCAGCUUCGUCCUCGGUCUCGUCUUCUGUGGGAAGUAAAGUAACAAACACGAGAAUGAUCUCAUCAACUGCAGCCGCGGCCUCUACGGGCAUGAUUUAUUCGACAGGAGGAGCAUCCCGGGGUCCUCGGGGCUUUGAGCAACAAGAGCGACAGCUGACUCGGGCUGUGACUCCGAGAAGGAAGGGCGACCUGCUGGUAGAAGAUAAAAGCGAGCCGGACGACGACGAGGAGGACUAUGUGCAUGGUGUCGAGGAACAACCGCUUGAAGAACCACACGACAAUGUUGACACGCCAAUGAAUUCAGCAAGAGAAGAUGUGGUGGAAAGUAAAUCAAGGGACGAUCAGAUAUUAUUAAAGACGAGCCAUUACUUAUCACGAGAAAAAAGUGUUACAGUUACACAUUUGUUGGAGUUUCUGCAACACAAAUUUUCUCUAUGAGGCAGAGAAAACUUGUAAUGCGAAGAUCAUAAGCGAAAACAGGAAGGAAACGAGGCUUCGAAGCAUUUCCUGCAUGAGAAAGGUUGUCUCUGUUGCCAGUCUUGCAUGACAAUGUGUAACUGUAACACUUUUUUCUUGCGAUAUUACUACGACCUUCUCUACGAGUCGAAUUGGUAUUCGUGCUCCCGCCAGGAGGCCUGCGGAUUGAUAAACGAAUUACACGAUGGACACGAGGAGGAGGAAGAAGAUGCUGCUCUUGACCAGCAAAGUUUAUUAGGAUCAACACGCAGCGCCGCUCCAUUUGCGUCGAGUACAACUAGACCUGAAAUCGAGUACCGCAUCACCUCGAACUACGGGUGGCUGCAACUCCUCAUAUCAAAUGCAAAUAAUAUGUCUGGGUCUGGAAGAAUGCGAGUUUGUCAUGCUUGUCUGGCAUGAGCAUGACUCUUAAAUCUGUGAUGCUUGAGCAGGAAAAGGCCCACCUCUUGCCUGUCACGCAAAAACGCAGUUUGUCAUGCGAAAAACGAAACACACAGCAGAACAAAAACUUGUCAUGCUGGGCUGCGUAUUGUAAAGUGCGCCCACAAUUCGUAGAUUUGCAUCACAAAUUUCCAGACCCAGACAUAUUUGCAUUUGAUACCUCAACUUGGAAUGCGAUCCGCAGGCGGAAGUGAAGGCGGGGAGUUUCGUAUCCUGAGCGAAAGUGCCCCAACCCCAUAGUCAAGUUGGCAAAUUUGCAACACAAAUCCCCUAGUUUUGGCUGUCGAGCAUGACAAGUUUGGGCUCUUAGUGUAAUCCUGUUUAGCUAGUGCAGCAGCAUGACAAAUUAACUGCCUUAACCUGAGCCCAGCAUGACAAACUCCCAGAUAGCAUUAGAAAAUGGCUGUCAUGGGCCUGCGCAUGAGAGACAUUUUACGCUUGCGAAUUUGCAUGACAACUAGGGGGUGGGGGUGUUUUUGUUUAGGAUAUUUCGGACAGGCGUACUUUUUCGGCUUCAUGUGGGGCGCGUUGCUGCUGCCGACGCUAGCGGAUGUGUAUGGGCGAAAGCGGAUCAAUCUGGUGACGAACUUCUGCUGCAUAGUCCUGGUUUUCUCCCUCCUUCUCGUGUCGAACUGCAACACAAGUACUAAAUCCAGUGGAGGGUCGUGGGCUACGGCUGGAAAUGUCGGUUCUGGUGCAUCAAGGGAUGAAACAACAGGCGACGCAGCAUCCUCGACCAGUUCUUCAUCAGCAGAACUACUAUCCACGGUUUUCUUCUCCCUCAAUUCCCAAACUGCGUACACCAUUCUGCUCACCACUCUUUUCUUCUAUGGUCUACUGAUUCCGGGCCACUACCUCGUGGCUUUUGUGCACGCGUCGGAACUCUGUGACGGGAAGUUGCGGGGCACGGCCAGCAGCUUGAUUUUUGUGUGCGAAAACUCGGACUAUUACAUCUGCUGUGUGUGGUUCUACUCCUUUCUGAAGCUGUUCGAUAAGCACCCAGGAGCGGCCGCCGGGGUUUUUCAUCCUAAUUCAUCUUCUGGAAGUAGCAACGGAAACAUCGGCUUUGUGCACGGCCACGGCGAAAGAAGAAGUAGUUCUUCACCCUCCCCCGACUUCUACAACAACGGUCAGCUCGGGCUGCAAUUCUGGUUCUUACUUCUGGCGAGCUGGCGGGUCGUCGCGUUAUGCAUUGCAAAUAUGUCUGGGUCUGGAAGAGUGGAACUUGUAAUGCUGUCUGCGGAUUCUGAAAAUAUCUGCGUUGCAUGAGCAGCAAGAGGAGUCAGUUUUUGGCACGCGGAGAGGGCAUUUCUCAUGCGUAAUUAGCAUCAAGAAGCUCUCAAAAAAUCAGUGAUGCUAGCACCAGCAUCACAGACCUCACGGGUCACGCAAAAUGUGCAAGACAAGCUCCGACUCCUCCAGACCCAGACAUUUUUACAUUUGAUAGGCGUUUUUGUCGGUUUAUUUCUUGACGCCGGAGUCUCCGUCCUAUUUCUUGACGAAAAAGGAGUUCAAAAGCGCGAGGAAAGUUUUUCUGGAGAUCGAAAACGUCAACAAGAAUGGUAAUUCUACACGGCCAGAACAGGGGCUACUUGUCGCCGGCUCUUCCACAUCAGGUGCAACACGACCAUUAGACCUUGGCAGUGGCGGAGAACGACCGAAAAGAGUCUCAUCUGCAGGUCGUCCUACAGGUGGCGAAGAAGAUGUUGACUCUCUGCCACAGCCUAGAAAUUCUUUUGACACGACCACGACCAGCUCUACGACGACCGGUCCCUCCUGUGGCACAGCAACUUUCGACAGUACUACUGCUCAGACUUCUUCGAGAUCGUCAACUUUCAUCGGAUCGACAGGUCGUGCAGACGGGGGCGAACAGACAAAAGAACCCAGCGGCACAACAUCAUCGUCCUCUCCAAUCGGCGCAGCAAGAAGAACUGAAGCUAAGGCCGCUCCUCUGAGAGAAAAUUUACUUGUUGACUUCUCUAGUAGUACGUGCGAUCAUCCAGACUUAUCUCGUCUGCAGAAUGGUGCUAUGAUUGCCGUUGAUGUUCCCAGCACGGCAGCAAGCGCGAGCAAGUCUACUUCAGCCUCCUCCUCGUCUGCGGAGGGAACAUUUGUUGAGGCAACCACCUCGACCAAAGAGGAUCCCGGGCAGUUUCAGAACAUGAGCGAGCGCAAACAAGAUCUUGUCGUGCAGGAGGAAACAUUAAACAAGGAAGAGCAGCUCGCGCCAAUUAUGUUGCGGAGCAGGACAGGACCAGGAGGAGCUAAUACUGGCGGCGAAACCGAAACCACUUCGGCGCCCACAAGCGGAUGCACUUACGACGGAAUGAAUGGCAACGUAUGCCGUGGUGAAAAAGUAUCGCACUGUCGAGCAAGUUGCAACGUUGUAUGACAGAACUCGCGUCCUACCCCGUUUUUCGAAUUACAAAUUGCAUUGUAUAUUUCAAUUUGAAAAAAAAAAAAAUUGGGCAACUUCUAGUACUGUGAUAGUACUCUUCAUCCAAUGCAUACAAAUCCGGGAGGAGCAAUAGCAGCUUCGACCAAGUCCAUCUUCCAGAGCCAGGAGAGCACAAGAGCCAGGCUGCACCAAGGAAGUCCAGGAUAAACAGUGAAGAAAAGCCGUUGAUAGGAGGGGGAACAUCAGCCUCGUCUAGCUGUCAGGAUCCACCAAGAACUGCACGGCAGUCACUGAAGACUCUACUGCCCCAUUCACCGGUGGAGUACACAGGUACUACGCGGACAGGUUCGUCAGCCUCAUCUUCAUCGUCCAGCAAGGUUGGCGCACUAGCACCAUCUGCGGACGAGCAGCUGCAGCACUAUGGGAUCAGAAAUUCUUUCUGUUCAUCAUCAUCUUCUUCUUCGUCCCGAGUGCCGCAUGAAGCUAAUAUUCCUUGUUCGGUACUACUAUCUUCCCAACAUCGACAACAAGACGCUGCACCUUUUGACCGCGUAAUUGCCGAGUUGGGGCAGAAGGACGAGACGAUAGCAGCAGCGGGGUACGUGUUCGAAGCGGAGGUCAUUCUUGCAGCGGAACAUCAAGUGAAGAUGGCAGAAGGUCACCAGCUCGACCACCCGCGAACCAGUUCGACCUCCUGUCCCUCCUCAGGAAUAGUGCCAACGACAUCGGGAAGAGAAAGUAGUUCACCUGGUGAACUACCACAGCAAGAAGCUUCCGCGCCUGUUGAAAAUGAGAACAGCGCAAAUAUUAAAGCCGCGUCGUCUCCGUCCCUGCUCACGACUUUAAACACCUUAGAUUCGAAUACAAAGAAACAGCUCGUCGUCAUUUCCGUCCUCUGGCUUACCACCGCUUUGGUCAACUGGAGCUUCCAGUUCAUGACGCCCCGCCUCCCCGGCAACCUCUUCGCGAACUUCACGGCGAUUGGUUUGGGAAAGCUGAUCGGCUACGGGAGUUGCGGCCCUUUAGCAGAUUUUUUCGGACGCAAAACCCUGAUGAUCGCCAUGUACAUGCUGAACAGCUGCUGCAUGCUUUUGUACGUGUGCGCAAUCGACGUGAACAUCGGUGGGGAGAUUUUUCACGGUAGUGGAGGCUUACUUGGUUUUCUAGUCGGUGAUGGUGGAAAUCAUGAUCGUACAACCGAAGUAGACGGCGCGGGCAGGAGUACAACUGGAUCAGGCACGCCUUCUACUUCUACCGGGCAGAGAAUAUCACAACAACCUCCUCGCGGAGGCGGACACAACGCCGUGGUCACCACGACUGUGUUUACCAUUGAUUCUCUCGGGAGGGAGGAAAUGAGCGGAGUAACCACGACAAGGAUUUCGAGUAUCAACUACCCGGAGUUGAUCACCACCACAUCCUUAAUCCUCUUCAACGUUAUCGCCAACGCCACUGCUUUUUAUCCUGAGCAAAAACCUCCCCACCCCAUAGUCAAGAUGGGCACUUUGCAACACAAAUCCAAAAGCUUUGGGAGUUACGCAUGACAAGUUGUAGGCUGUAGUGUAGUGCUGUUUAGCAAGGGAAGCUGCAUAGGAAAUCCAUCUCCUUUUUACCUGUUUACAGCAUUACAAGUUCCGGAACACGUUUGGAAAUGGCUCUCAUGGGGAAGAUGCGCAUUACAAAUGCUCAUGUAAUUGCAAGUCUGCAAGACAACUAUUUGGUGGGGACGCUUUUACACAGGAUAUUUUCGGGGUGAUCUUCAUUGUCACCGGAGAGCUCUUCCCGUCGAAAAUCCGGGGCACCGCGUUCGCCAUGAGCAACUUUGUCGGCCGGGUCGGAAGUUUUCUUGCGCCGCAGCUGCCGGAAAUGGUGAGUGCGGACUUUCCGACGAAUGUAAAAACGGAAAACACGAUCUUGUUGCUGGUGGUAGUGAGCUUCAUGAGCGGGUUACUCAUGCUGAACAUCCCCGAGACGAAGGGACGGCAGAUGACGUGAAGUAGCGGUGAGGUGGUAGAGGGGGUAUGAAAAGAUUGCAGUCCGUUUAGUACUUCAUCUGCUUCAGCGCAUUCUGAAGCAGAGCCGCUCAUUCUACUUCUGUGUGCCGAUAAAGCCUCUGUGUUUGCCAGCUUUUAUUCCUCUCGGCAAGUUGAAAAAUCUGACUUAAUCUACUUACUAAAAUGUACAAAGCAAAAAUUCUUUAACGUUAAACUUGUUUUCACAAGGAGGAAAUCGUACCCGUAUUUUUUUGAACAAUUUUCAAUCAUUCUCCGCAAAAGUUUUUUUACUUUUUCAAGAAGCGCGUCGUGCGCGCGAUUCGUUGUUUGUCUAAACCGCAUAAACAGAUCACAUUUUGGCUUUUUGUUUCUUCCGCUCUGAUAUAGAUACAAUUUCUAUUGCAUAAUUUUGUAGGUCUUUCUGAGUUUUUUUUCGCUAAAGUAACACUGAGGAAGUGACGCAAAAGUAAAGUGUAGUGCGAGCUAAUAUUAGCGUGCGCGUGCUGCGGCCGCUAUGCGUACGUUUUUUAUGCUUGAUUUGGGGAAGAUGUUUUUUAGAUUAGUAGAAAAACAAGUUAUUGUUUGUUGGCACGACAAAAAGACUUUUCAACGAUAUAUACGCAGGGUGAAUUGAGUUAGAUCUUCACACAACUUGUACUAGAUUUCGAUCCGAAAAAAUUCACAAGCGCACUGCUGCAACUGGUGACAGCUGCGCCGAGAAAUACCAAACCUACUGAGCUCUACAUCUACUGGCGUAAAUCUACCAUGAUUCUGU